GAGUGGGCAGAGAUUGGGUCAUUCAAGCAUUGAAGCUGCAACUAAAAAAAUGGAGAGGGAAAAAAAUGUGUUUACAAAACAUCUGCUUCAAGUUCCUCUAUGCUAAUGAUGGUAAAACAAGCUCCUGAAUUAUUGGGUGCACGCAGCUUUUCAGCCACAUUUUUUCAUUCUGGUUUUGUUUUUGUUUCAUAAAUAAUGACUGUGAAAUAUGUUUGGCACAAAACUCAGUGCCUUUAUUAGCAGCCUGGCUACAUCCAACCCUGUUUGUGAUUUGUAUAUUUCAAUUACGUGCUCAACUUCCUGGUACCACGGAAACAUUUCCUGURUAACAAUGUGGUUUUAGAUUUUAAAAAAGGUCUUUUUUUUUUUACAAUCAGUCUUGAAGCUACCUCCUGAUUCACAGUUAAAUUAGGCUUGUGGGUCUGCAAAUAUUUUGGAACAUAAUUGAUGUUAUUUUCAUUCAAGCAAAGGCCUCAUUUGGUUUGCGGUUUGGAUUUGUUACAGGAUUACUAUGACAUUUUUCAGGUAUGUUUGUGCUAUCCUAUCGAAACAAUGCUAAUUACAAGCACAACCAUAAAAGAAAUCCCGGAGACUCUCUCUAAUCAGAAACAUCUUAAUUAAUCUUUAGAAUCUAUUUCACCUCUUGCCAAACAAGCAGUCAUAAUUGGCCUCAGUGCUAACCGAGGCAAAUGUUGCUGAGCUAAUAAGAAUGAAGUUUAAGGUAUUUUGUGAAAAUGUUAGUGCGUCAGAGGGCGGAGCARCCAAUGUGUGAUGGCAGAAYGGAGGAGACAAGUUGGCGGUUUUUAAAAAGGUCCGAAGCAACAAAUGUUACAGAAGACACAAGCUGCCUGACAGGAAACAAGAUGAGACUGCCUUUCCAUAUCAGUGCCUCACAGGUAACCCUCCUCUUCCUCAACCUCCUUUGCCCAAUCCCACACACAGUUUCCAUACAUCCCCCAUCCUCUGCUGCUUUCUAUCCCACACAAGAGCUGGAGUCCAGCCUGUAUGACCUCAGUGCUCCACUGCAGGACCCCAAASUCCCUAAAAUGUGGUCUGACUGGCUUCAAGACUCUCUGCAAACUCUUCUAGAGCCCGAGGAAGUGGGUGGUGUCUGGGAGGAAGAGCAGCUGCUGAGAGACCAGAGAGGGGACGUUAUGGAUCUGCCACUCUCCCCAUUCGCUGCUGAUAACUCUCUAGAGACCAUGAACUAUCAGGAGGGAGGAGAAGGAGAAGAAGGCUGGAAAAGAAACGAYGCUCUUACAUCCAUGGCCGGAGGGCUUCAAGCCGUCAGCCGAGAGAAAGGAGGAUUUGGUUUCCGSUUUGGGAGGAAGAGACGACUGGAAAAGAGAAGGAAGGAUGGAGGGAUAAUUGAAGGAGUUGGAAAACAGAGGAGGACAAGAGAAAGCAGGAAGAGAGGUUUCAUAACUGAAGUGUGGGGUUAAACAGGAUUUCUUUUUUUUUAAUCUUUACUUUAUUGACAACAGAAAGCAACCAGUAGCAUCUAAUGCAUUUACACAGUGAGAAGCUGCAGGAAGCCGCUCUGUGCAUUAGAAACGAGGCAAUAACGGAAAUUUUUGUUUAAUAAAUAAACUUUUAACAUUUACAUGCCUUAACAAUUCAUAUUAGGUCUUCAUGAAAUUGCACAAAUGAAAACAAACUGUUAAGUUAAAUAUGUAACUUCCACCAGUUGUAUCUGUCUGACCUUUUUUUAAUUUUACACAGAGACAAUGUACAGCAGCUCAUCGACCCUUUCAAARGAAAGAKAAAUGGUACCAGGUCAAAGCAAAAAUGGYUCAUUUCCACCUCUUACAAUUUAACAAAGGUUGUGAACUGAUGAUAAACCAGAAUAAAAAUAAGUACAUAUUGUUGCAUUCUAUACAUAUCCGAUACAUCAUGAUUCACAUCUCAUUAAAACCAGUUAAACUACUGCUUUACUCACCACCAUCAUUAAUAAGUCUAAAUCUGCUUGGAUGCUAAACUUUAGGAGCUGCACUCACCUCUUGAUGGCGCCCGAGUGGCUAAUCAUUUUAGAUCUCUGKGUGACAAACCUUGCCAGACUUCUUGGAUCAGAAAUAUCAUGAAGAAUUUUGUAAAGUAAACAUUUACCAUUUCGAGGGGCUGAYCAUUAAACUACUCAGAGCCAUUACUUUGAGAAAUAAUGAGAUUUGGUUAGGAAUAAAAAAAAGGGUUUAAUGCCGAAAAUGAUCAAAUGUUACGUCGAACAAAUGGAACAGGGUGACAUUCAUUUCAAUUAUCUGAAAAAAUGUUGCAACUGUCUUUCCUGCAUUUAAGAAUAUAAUUUUGAARCYAUUGAGCAACUUCUUCUAUUUCYCUGUUGUUCUCAUGGCCACUUUUGCAGCAUUUUUYCAUGAGUGAAGAAGCUAUAUUUUCACUUUUUAGUCUGCUCAAUAAAGAGGACAUAGAUCCAACAGAUAUAUUAAACAUCAGAAGUUUCCAGUAAUUCGGCUAAAGAGUGUUUAAAAGGCA